AUGUCAUUCCAAACACCUGUCGCCAAAUGCACGGCAGAAAUCCCCACCCUCGGCCAACUUUGGGGUCUGCAGUUCGCGAAUGGGGUCCAGCAAUACUGUGGAAUUCCAUACGCCGACCUGCCAAAACGGUGGACAAGAUCAACCCUCAAGACUGCCUGGGAGAACUCUAAGCACGAUGGAACAAAGCUGGGAAAGGACUGUCCUCGACCCUACUCCGACGGCGACGAUACUGACGAUCUUGUUCCCGUCCCACCACCCUCUCAUUUCCCGGAUCCUCCAGAAACAGACGAAUUGAGUGCGCUGGUGAUGAACAUCGUUAUUCCCUUCGUCCCUACCUCCAACGGCCCAAAAGUCCCGGUCAUGGUAUACGUCCACGGUGGCUCCCUGCUCUACGGAGGCGCAAAUCUCCCGAUCUUCGACGCCGUGAACCUCGUCUCGCAAAGCAUCGAGAUGGGGAUGCCCAUUAUAUGCGUGAACUUCAAUUACCGCGUCGGACUAGGCGGCUUUCUCGCGAGCGAAGCUAUACGCUGCGAGCUGCAGGAGGAUGGUUUCCAGGGAUGCGGGAACUUCGGGUUCACAGACCAGCAACUCGCGUUUGAAUGGGUUCAGCGGCAUAUCAAGGCUCUCGGUGGAGAUCCCGGUAAUGUCACUGCGGUCGGGGAGUCUGCCGGGGGGAUCUCAAUCAGUAAUCAGCUGGCAGCUGCUCAUCCGCCGACAUUCCGGCGCGCGGUCGCGAUGUCUGGACUUUCUGUCUCUAUUCCUCCUUGGGACAUGAACCAGCACGAGGCUCUUUUUCAGGCUGUGUGUCGCUAUUUUCAGAUCGACGCGUCACGACCUGAUGUAUUAGAUCGUCUUCGCCAUAUCCCGCAACAAGACCUUGCUAAUGCGACACCGGCUAUUCAAGGGGUUCUUUCGGGAACAGGGAACCCUUGUCUCGAUGGAUGGUUUUACAAGGCCGACCCGUGUGAGAUUCAGGCAGCCCCAGCAUGGCUCGAGGCCUUGAUGUUGGGCGAUACAUAUCACGAAGGAAUCAUAUUUCACAUGAAUCUUCUCGACGAUGAUUAUCUUUCUAUUCGCAGGACGCUAUUGGAUUCUAUUCACGAUGAAAGCGAGACCGACCGGAUUCUGACGGAAUACGGCAUUAAUUCGUCUCUUCCUCAUGGCAUGCUUCUCGAGCGCGUGGAACACAUGUGUGGAGAUGCAGUUUUCAAGAUACCGAACUACGCCACAGCCCUUGAAAACUCGACCCUUCAGGAUAACGGUGGUCUAUUCUUGUACCAUUUCGACCAGCGAUCUCGUCUUAAGAAUGCAUUGGAGGGGACCGCUUAUCAUGCUCAUGAGCUUUUGUACCUAUUCAAGAACAUGACGAAUGAGAUGAGCGAUGAGGAGAACAAAAUGGCGGAGGACUUCGCUGGUGCUUGGAUCAAAUUGUGCAAUGGGGCAACACCAUGGACGGCAUCCAAGGGAAAAUGGAAGGUAUGGGGACCAAACAGUGCUCAAGCUGUCAAAGAUGAGGAGGAAGAUGAAGAAUCCCGAUUCUAUCAACGAAUGCAGCGGAUACGAGCCAUGGGAGGUGGAGGGACGUGGAAACGAUGGCUGGCUGGGGUGGAUGCGCUGGUGAAUAAGCGGAUGAACCUGGGCAAAGCAGUGUAA